AAGCGGUCUCGUUGGCCCUGCGGCGCUGGAGCCCUGACGCACGGAGCUCGAGAGCGAGAACGGGAGAGAAAGGGGUAGAAAUGGCGGCUCCGCUCAGCUCCCGCUGAGGAGGGCGAAGCCGGCGGAGUGUCUGUGCUGCCGCCUGCAGCACCGCCCCCGCUUCCCGCUCGCCGCUUGCUCACGCCGACUUCCCUUCCUCUGCCCGGCUCUCUCUUGUGCUCGUCUGCGCUCUGCACGCUCCGGACCGGCUCGUCUCUCACUGCCCGGCUCGGCUCCGCUGGCCCUGACUGACCGGCCGGCGGGCCGGCCUUGCUCGGCUCUCCCGGGCGCGGCGUGGACUCCGUCCCCCUGGCUGGACCAUGGUGAACACCCGGAAGAGCUCUCUCCGCCUUCUCGGGUCCAAGUCUCCUGGUCCCGGGCCUGGGCCUGGGGCCGGAGCAGAGCCUGGGGCGACCGGAGGCAGCAGCCAUUUCAUCUCCUCUCGGACCCGCUCCUCCAAGACCCGCGCCGCCAGCUGCCCCGCCGCCAAGGCCGGGGGAAGCGGUGGCGCCGGCGUCACUCUGGAUGAGGCCAGGAAAGCUGAAGUUGAUGGUAGUUUAAGUGAUAGCCACGUAUCUCCUCCAGCCAAACGCACUUUGAAACAACCUGAUUCUGUUUGCAAAGACAAAUCAAAAUCACGAAGUACUGGUCAGCGAGAGGAAUGGAAUUUAUCAACUGGACAGGCCAGGUUAACUUCUCAGCCUGGUGCUACAUUACCAAACGGACAUAGUAGUUUAUCCCUUCGAAGCCAUCCCCUUCGAGGGGAAAAGAAGGGAGAUGGGGACCUUUCUUGUAUAAAUGGUGACAUGGAAGUCAGAAAAAGUUGUCGUUCCAGGAAAAACAGAUUUGAAAGUGUGAACCAGAGUUUGUUAUUUGAUCAACUAGUAAAUAGCACUGCUGAAGCUGUGCUACAGGAAAUGGACAACAUUAAUAUCCGACGGAAUCGUCGAUCAGGAGAAGUAGAACGACUUCGAAUGUGGACAGAUACAGAAUUUGAAAACAUGGAUAUGUAUUCAAGAGUGAAAAGGCGAAGAAAGUCACUAAGGAGAAAUAGUUAUGGGAUACAAAAUCAUCAUGAAGUUUCUACUGAGGGUGAAGAAGAAGCUAGAACCUCUAAAUUGCUUCCUUUGGAGAAAAUCAGUAUAGAAUCUCAAGAGGAGGAUGGAGAUAUAGAAGUUGAAGAGGCAGAAGGAGAAGAAAAUGAUAGACCAUAUAAUUUGAGACAGAGAAAAACAGUGGAUCGAUACCAAGCACCUCCAAUAGUACCAGCUCAUCAAAAAAAGAGGGAAAACACACUGUUUGAUAUUCAUAGAUCUCCAGCGAGAAGAAGCCAUAUUAGGAGAAAGAAGCAUGCCAUUCAUAGUAGUGACACAACUUCUUCUGAUGAGGAACGCUUUGAAAGAAGGAAAUCAAAGAGCAUGGCAAGAGCAAGAAAUAGGUGUUUGCCUAUGAACUUCAGAGCAGAGGACUUAGCUAGCGGUAUUCUCCGAGAACGAGUGAAAGUGGGUGCAAGCUUGGCUGAUGUUGAUCCAAUGAACAUUGAUAAAUCAGUACGGUUUGAUAGCAUAGGUGGAUUGAGCCAUCAUAUUCAUGCACUAAAGGAAAUGGUAGUAUUCCCACUUUUAUAUCCAGAAAUUUUUGAAAAGUUUAAAAUUCAGCCUCCAAGGGGCUGUUUGUUUUAUGGCCCUCCUGGCACAGGUAAAACCUUGGUUGCCAGAGCAUUAGCUAAUGAAUGCAGCCAAGGAGACAAAAAAGUGGCUUUUUUUAUGCGAAAAGGAGCAGAUUGUUUGAGCAAGUGGGUUGGUGAAUCUGAAAGGCAACUUAGGCUUCUUUUUGAUCAGGCAUAUUUGAUGAGACCUUCUAUAAUAUUUUUUGAUGAAAUAGAUGGAUUAGCUCCAGUUCGCUCUAGCAGACAAGAUCAGAUCCACAGCUCUAUAGUAUCAACCCUCCUUGCUCUUAUGGAUGGAUUAGAUAAUAGGGGUGAAAUUGUUGUUAUUGGUGCUACAAACAGACUUGACUCUAUAGAUCCUGCACUCAGGAGACCUGGUCGUUUUGACAGAGAAUUCCUCUUCAACCUGCCUGAUCAAAAGGCAAGAAAACACAUCUUACAGAUCCAUACCAGGGACUGGAAUCCAAAAUUGUCAGAUGCAUUUUUAGGUGAACUGGCUGAAAAAUGUGUUGGCUACUGUGGAGCUGAUAUCAAGGCCCUGUGCACUGAAGCCGCCCUGAUUGCGCUGCGGAGGCGUUAUCCCCAGAUCUAUGCUAGCAGUCAUAAACUGCAGCUGGAUGUUUCCUCAAUAGUGCUUAGUGCUCAAGACUUUUACCAUGCAAUGCAGAAUAUUGUGCCUGCUUCGCAACGUGCUGUGAUGUCUUCAGGGCAUGCACUAUCUCCCAUCAUAAGGCCACUGCUGGAAAGAAGCUUCAACAACAUCCUAGCGGUCUUGCAAAAAGUGUUUCCUCAUGCUGAAAAUAGCCAGAGUGACAAAAAAGAAGAUAUAGAAACUUUAAUUUUAGAGGAUAGUGAAGAUGAAAAUGCUUUAUCAAUUUUUGAGACCCAUUGUCACUCAGGAUCACCAAAGAAACAGUCAUCAGCUGCUGCUAUACAUAAACCCUACCUUCAUUUUACAAUGUCACCGUAUCAUCAGCCAACCUCAUACAGGCCACGCUUACUGCUAUCUGGAGAACGGGGCUCAGGUCAAACUUCUCACCUUGCUCCAGCACUUUUGCACACUCUAGAAAGAUUCUCUGUGCAUAGACUAGAUCUCCCAGCACUUUAUUCAGUUAGUGCCAAAACACCUGAGGAAUCAUGUGCACAGAUUUUUCGUGAAGCUCGAAGAACAGUACCUAGUAUUGUUUACAUGCCUCACAUUGGAGAUUGGUGGGAAGCUGUCAGUGAAACUGUGAGAGCAACUUUUCUGACAUUGCUACAAGAUAUACCAUCAUUUUCACCUAUAUUUUUAUUGUCUACCUCUGAAACCAUGUACAGUGAACUGCCUGAAGAGGUUAAAUGUAUCUUUAGAAUACAGUAUGAAGAGGUCUUGUAUAUUCAAAGGCCUAUUGAAGAAGACAGAAGAAAAUUUUUUCAAGAAUUGAUUCUCAAUCAGGCAUCAAUGGCUCCACCACGAAGGAAACAUGCUGCUCUUUGUGCUAUGGAAGUGCUUCCUCUUGCACUACCUUCUCCACCUCGUCAAUUAUCAGAAUCAGAAAAAAAUCGAAUGGAGGACCAGGAGGAAAAUACUUUAAGAGAAUUGCGGUUGUUUCUCAGGGAUGUAACCAAGAGGCUGGCCACAGAUAAACGCUUUAACAUCUUCAGCAAACCGGUGGAUAUUGAAGAGGUUUCAGAUUAUCUUGAAGUAAUCAAGGAACCAAUGGACUUAUCAACAGUAAUAACUAAAAUUGAUAAACAUAAUUACCUAACUGCAAAGGAUUUCCUGAAAGAUAUUGACCUCAUCUGUAGCAAUGCUUUAGAGUAUAAUCCAGACAAGGACCCAGGAGAUAAAAUAAUUAGGCACAGGGCUUGUACCCUGAAGGACACUGCACAUGCUAUCAUUGCGGCUGAAUUAGAUCCAGAAUUUAAUAAACUUUGUGAGGAAAUUAAGGAAGCAAGAAUAAAAAGAGGCUUAUCAGUAACAUCAGAACAAAUAAAUCCUCAUAGUACUGGAGCUCGGAAGACAGAAACUAGAGUUGAAGAGGCAUUUCGGCACAAACAAAGAAAUCCAGUGGAUGUCUGGCACAACUCUGCAAAUAAAUGUGCAUUUCGGGUUCGGAGAAAAUCAAGGCGGCGAUCACAGUGGGGUAAAGGAAUUAUUAAGAAAAGGAAAGUUAAUAAUUUAAAAAAAGAUGAAGAAGACACCAAAUUUGCAGACUAUGAGAACCAUGCGGAGGACAGGAAAUUAUUAGAGAAUGGAGAGUUUGAGGUAAGCACUGACUGCCAUGAGGAAAAUGGAGAAGAGACUGGAGACUUAUCUAUGACCAAUGACGAAUCAUCCUGUGACAUCAUGGACAUGGACCAGGGGCAGAGGCUUAACAAUGGAGCAGGCACAAAAGAGAACUUUGCCUCUACUGAGGAGGAAAGUUCAAAUGAAUCUCUACUCGUCAACAGCAGCAGUUCCUUAAACCCGGAGCAGACCUCCAGGAAAGAGACUUUCCUUAAAGGAAAUUGUCUAAAUGGUGAGGCUUCCACUGACAGUUUUGAAGGAAUACCAGUUCUGGAAUGUCAGAAUGGCAAGCUUGAAGUAGUUUCUUUCUGUGAUAGUGGAGAUAAAUGUAGUUCUGAACAAAAGAUUCUUCUGGAGGACCAGUCAAAAGAAAAACCAGAAACUUCGAUUGAAAAUCAUGGAGAUGAUCCUGAGAAACUAGAGGCACUGGAAUGUAGCAAUAAUGAGAAGUUAGAACCUGGCCCUGAUGUGGAGGUUAAAGAUGCAGAACUGGAUAAAGAAGGUGCUUCUAAAGUAAAGAAAUACCGUAAAUUAAUUUUAGAGCAGGCAAAAACGACAAGUCUGGAACUGGUUCCAGAAGAGCCAUCUGAGCCUGUGCCUCCUCUUAUAGUUGAUCGUGAGAGAUUGAAGAAAUUGCUUGAUUUGUUGGUGGAUAAAAGCAACAAUCUGGCAGUUGAUCAGCUUGAGAGACUAUAUUCUCUUCUUAGUCAGUGCAUCUACCGUCAUCGUAAAGAUUAUGACAAAUCACAACUUGUAGAGGCAUGGAAAGGAAGCCCUUCAUGACAUUGCUUUGAAACUGAGGACAAGACGAGAUAGACGGACAGAAUGGUCAGAGCCGGGAGGAGGGGAGAGGAAACAACCAAGGACUUCCGCCACAGACAGCCAGCAGCCAUGACCUGGGGCCUGGCCCGGGGCGGGGCCCUCCUGCCACAUGGAACACGGGGUCAGAGGUCAGAGUGGCCUGCGUGUAGAGUGUGCAUCGGGCUUGGGAACUGGGGGGAGCAGGGGAGGGACACAAAUAUAUCAAUCUGUUUAUAUCUGGUGUCUACAGGAAUACAAAACCAUUGCAAAGGCUCCUAAGGCCUGGCAGCCGCCCCUAAAGCUGGACCUGGAAGGAAACAGAUAAGAUGAAGCAAGAGUGACACCGAUGCAUAAGUGACAGCAGGAGUAAAAACACCCGGCGCGUCGGGAGUCUGGAGGCCUCGUAGGCCGUCGGCUUGGCUGCCCUGUCCUGGCUCCUCCGAGCAGCCUUGCUUCCUGCCCGGAGCCCGGUCCUGCCUGGGGCUGGGCUUGGCCACAUGGCUGGGAAAUGACCUCUGUGGUCCACUCACUCGCUUCCGAGGAGGCCACAGGGCAAGAUGCUUGUGAUGGGUCCCUUGCGUGCACCUGUGGCUGGCGGUGGGGCUGUCGAGGUGUCCAGCAAGCGGGCAGGCUGGCUGCAGACAGACCAGCUGCUGGGUGUGUGGGUGAGCGGAAAGAGCACAGGGCAGAGAGCUGGGGGCGCUGGGUGCCCGGGCUCUGCCACCAACAGGUGGGCAGCCUUGGCCUCCCAGGCCCUCAGCCUCCUCUUCUGCAAAACAAGAGGGUGGACCUAGAUGAGGUCUGAACUCCCGUGGAGAUUUUGUGGCAGAGGCUGGAAAAUGCCGUUCCCACGAGACUCUUCUCUAUGUGGCAGUACCUGAAACUCCAUCAUUAGAGCGACAUUCUCUCAGGUCAGGCACCGCCCUCCCAGAGCCUCAGCGAAGGCAUGGCCAGGAGGAGAGGGGGAGAUGCAAUCCUGCCACAGAGCCGGCGUCCAGGCUCCCUCCCAGGGCGGCCACCGUAGGCCGUCCCCACACAACGGCUCAUCCCACCAGGACCCCAAGGGGCCUCUGCCUCCAAGCCCUGGGCCAGCCCAGAAGGCAGAGGGGGCAAGGUGUGGGCUCCACAGAGGCCCCUCCAAACCCCUGCAACACAGAGUGACUCCUAAAGUGACUUCACACACCUAGUCUUCUGCUGUUGGGAUGGAUUUCCAUACCUCGGUGGCUUUGUUAAGUGUAAAAGUAAUCUACUACGUGAUCACUUGAAACCACAGAAAUCCUUAACACCCCCAGCCCCAGAGCCAUCUGGUCAACCUCAUACUCCUGUCUUUGCUGCCCGGGCCUUCAUUCCUGCAAGCCGCUGCCUGGCCUCUCCUCUGCCCUGUGGAGGUCACACGGGGCCACAGCCUGCUCCCGAGGCCCCCAGUCACUGCUGCCUUCACCUCUGGCCAGCUCACUUGUCUACCCAGGAGUCCUCAGGUGGAGGAGCUCAAAGCCAGUGAAGGGCUGAGCCCAGGGGACUUCAGGAUGUGUGAGCACACACGCACACAGAUGUACUGUGGGGAGGGGUGCUGGGCAGAUGGACAGUCCAUGGCUGAGUGACAGGUGCGAUGGGACCCACAUGGCUGCUGAGGGGUGCUGCCUGUCUUGCCCACAGUCUGAGCUAGGGAGUGGGUCCUGGCCGCCAGGCACAGGAGGAGGGGCACCAGGUGCCGUAGAGCAUCGCAGGUGCUGUCUAGACUGAGGAGGACCCUUGACCACAGGAGGCAUGGCUGUGGCUCUGUUCCUCCUGGCCCCUUGUGAGGGCCACCUAUGGGGUGGAGGGGGUGCUGGGCAGAUGAUCUGCAGGGAAUGGCCAUAGAGGCACAGGGGAAUGUGAUGGGGGCUCUGUCAGAAUCUGAGUUCAAGGAGGAGAUGAGGCCUCAAAGGGCGAGGCCUGUGCCUCUUACCAACACACAUGGUUCUCAUCCACACAGGCCUUUGUGCGUGGCCUGGAGAGCUGUGAGGGGGUGGGGGCGCCUCUCUAUCCCUGAACACCAGACUGUCUUGGGACUGGACCCCAGUGCUCCUCAGGCCUCUUCCCUCUGAGCAGGGACCCCAGAGGGACACCCCUGUGAUGGGUGACCCUGGUCCCUGAGGAGGGGGUACAGGUGGCUGUUCCGUCCCUGCCCUGAGCCAUUUCUUGUCCUGUCCUACUGGGCUCCAUGGAGUGAAUGGCGUGGGGUGCUGCUGGCCCGCCAGGUCACGACGUGGCUUUGGAGGGACUGCAGCAGGGCAGACGGGCAGCACUAACCUUCUCUAUGAAGCUGACACAGGGGCUGGGGUGCAGAGUGAGGGGCAGGCUGGUGCUGCCCAGCCACACGGGCCCCAUGGGGUCUGUCAGAAGACCAGAGCUUCCUAGAGUCACUUCCUUCUCAGGUUGGGAAUGCCCAGGAGAGGCCAGAGUUCGAGACGAAGCCUCUGCUCAGCAGAGGAAUGGCUAGGUCCAACUACCGGGACGUUUGCAAUCCCACCAUUAGCCAUGGACUCAUCCAGGAUUAGAAAUGCCCUUCCUUUCAGACACCAGGUUGGAGGCCCUCAUCCACCCUCACGCACCUCGGAGGUCAGAUGUUCAUUUUGCAAGGUGGAACUGGGCACCGUCUGGAGCGAUGGGCAGAAUCCGUGGGCAGCGGCGGGUGAGGCACAGGCAUGGGGCAGGUGGCUGGUACCCAGCUCUGCUCAGAAGAGAGGACUCUGCCCGUGAAUGAACACCUGGGCAUGUCCUCAGCUGCAGGACACAUGCAUGGGCAUGCACGAGUUUCCCUGGGUCUUGGGGAUUUGUGUGGCUCAGGCCCACCCUUGGUAACUUGGCAACAGGUGUGGGUCAUGCCAUUGUGCCAGCAUUCAAAGUGAGACAUGGGAGUCUCAUUAUCUGGCUUCCAAGCCACACCUGUCUACCAAGCAAGGUGGCAGGCGCUGCCACCCACACAUGCUCAGGGAAGAGGGUGAAGGGUGUGGGGCUCUGGGCAGGACUUUGCUGGGACCCUUCUGCAUGGCCAUGGGGGGCAGCCAAGCCCAAAGGGACUUGGCCGCACCCUGGGAGAGGACACUGAGAUCCAGCGCUCCCAGUCACAGUCUGACCGUCAUCUCUACAAAACACACAUCUGGUCGCAACACCCCCAGGCUCCUGUGACCCAGGUCCAGCCUCCCUCCAGCCGCGUCCCCUGCAAGCCACCGUCAUGCCUGGCCCUGCAGCAAUGUGGAGUCACCUGUGGGACCUGAGACCCCCUCCUGCCUUUCAACCUUGCUCUCCCCCACGUGUCUGCCCGGCCGAUGCCUGUUCUUCAUAACCCACAUCAGAUGCCACCUCUCCAAGGUGCCUCCCUGAAUGCCCCUCCCCCACAGCCAGGCCCUUGGCCCACGAGUCUCUGAAGCGUCAUCUCCGCUCAUCUCCUUGCCUGUCUGCAGCGUGUCCCCACCAGACUGUGGGCUCUGCUGGUGUUUGGUGUGAGUCCUGGCCCCAGGAGGGGCUCCCGUGUGUUUGCUGAGUGACCAGCGAGUGAAUGACUUGGAUUCCCACAUUCUGUCCUGUGGCUCCAGGGCAGGGUGUCUGCACUGGGGUUGGGUCUGGCAGGCACUGUCCUUGCCAGGCUCGGGUGCUGGGUCAUUGUCCUCCCUGGGGCUGGAGUGGUAGACACAUCACCUGUCCCAGGCUGGGGGUGGGAGUCUAGCCUGAGCCUCCAGACAGGAGGCUCAGGGAUGCUGGGACAGCAGGGAGGGGUCACCUGCCCCUGGCAGGGCUCACCCAGGGAGGGCCAAUGUUGAUCCCCACAGAGCAGAGGUCCCAGAAAUGGUCCCUCCUCCCUCCCUUACAAGAGUGCAGCUGCCUGAGGGGGGAGCCACUGCUUGGGGUUAAAGGGCAGGGCCACAGCUCCGCACUGGGCCAGUCCGGCUGCUGCACAGUAAGUCUCCAGGGUCACGGAUGUGAAGGGGACUGAAAAGACAUGGUGACAUCAGCUUCUCUCUUGACCACCAAGAAUGUGAAAUUCUCUGUGAUUUUACACGGCGGGAAAGGAAACCAUCUUCCUGUAAAGACCUGGCUUUCCUCCUGAGAAGGCACUUGUUUGCACUCAUCAGCACCAAUGGUCACGUGUGCUCUGUGGCUGCAAACUCACACGGCGACCUUCAGUCACAGGGCACCCUGGGGCUUGGCUUUGGCUUCCCUCCUUUUUCCCGUGUGACCCUCCUGUAUGCUGAAGGCCCCCCAGCCCCGACUCUACAAACCUCAGACCUCUCUGGGUUCAGAUCCAUGCACCUGGCUGCCUACAGGCGGCCCAACCUGGGGACCUGGGCGUCCAUCAGGCUGCUCAGCUUGACACGCCAGAUGCUCAACUGCUCAUCUCCCCAGCUUUCCCAACGCUGGCCUGUGGACCUGCUCUCCUCCCUGUGACCUCUGAUGCCCAUGACACCUCAGCUUCUUGGGUCCUGGUGCUUGCACGUGGGAAGCCUCUCUGUCCUGGUCCUGCCCAUCCUCUGCCCAUCACUCUGAGGUGUCAGAGCUGCAGGAGACCUGGGCAUCAUGUGAACCAAUUCUGAUUUAUAGAUGAGAAAGCUCAGGGUGCAGGAGAGGAAGUGACCAGUCUGAGGUCACAGGACAAGUGGCAGCGUCAGGUGUAGGACCCAGGUCUCCGACCUGCCAAGGCGGGGAUGUCCUCUCUCCUCCAGCCCCAUCCUUUCUGAUCAGGGCCACCGAGACACAUCCUACUGUUCUCCCGCCUUCAGGUAGGUGUCCCUUCCUCACUGCUCUUGACAUUACCCACCUCAGACCAUGCCCAGGUCCUAGCAUGGGGUCAGGGCUUGCCUGCCCCAGCGCAGCCCACUCUGGGAGGGCCAUCUGCCCCACCCUGCCCUUCCCCACUCAUGCCCCACCCCCGGCCUGGAAUGCUCUUCCUCCCUCUUAUCAGCCCAAGAAGCCUUCACUACUUUGGGUUCCCACCUAGCACGUGUUCUUCUCUGUUGCGUGCAAGUCUGGCUUUCCAUGUGUGGUCUCUGAAAGCCAUCGGAGGGCGCUGUGCUCCUCUCGCCCACCACGUUCUAGCUGGGGAUGAGGCUGCCGCUCAGCACUGACCUGCCCCCUUUCUGUCCUCUCCAGCUGGUUUGGAGCCAGGCCCAAGACCCUAGGACGCUCAUCCGUGAUCCAGCAGCCAGAUGCGGGCCCCUGCUUCCAGGAUUUGUCAAGAGUGGAAGCACAAAGUCCUCCCUGGCCUGGUGAGGGCACUAGACAUAUCCCUUCACCCCAGACCACAUGCCCCUAACCCCUGUGCUUGGACAGAGAGAGCCCAAGCACCGGGGGCAGGAGACCCGAGGUGUCCAUGAGAUGGGAAGUCCCAAAGAGCCUGCCCCUUCCUGCGAGGCUGAGGGCCGGCAUGGGGCCAGGCGGAGCCCGCCCACAGGGCAGCUGGGCUCUAUGUGAAAGGACGGAUCGGAGAGGAGAUGCCAGCCAGGGAUCCAUCCUGAAACAAAACACAGUCACUCCGGGGUUAGUUGGCAAGUCCAAACACGGCAUUGGGAAGCAGAGGUCCUGUCCUCCCUCUGAGCACAGUCCUGGCUCAGCGUCUGCCCCGGAGAGGCUGCAAGGCAAGAGGAGCAGCGGCGUUAAUCUGCUGAGGGCUGAGAGAAAUGUGAGCGUUACCCUGGGCUGGCCCCUUGGCUGCUCUCCCUUACUACGGAGCUGGAAGGUGGCCCCUGACUUCUUUGCAAAGGUAUGAAGCAGACAAAUUUAAAAAAUCAACAUAAUGGAGAAAAAAAAAAAAAAGAUGCUCAUGCACCAAUAAGACUCAUUCAGGUAGAAAUAGCCAGGGCAGAGGGCAGGAGGGAGGGAGCAAGGGUUGAGAGAGACCGUGUUUAGGACACACCUGGUCUAUGCUCCACAGCGCCGGUUUAGGCUCAGUGCACAAGGAUCAGACAUGCAGUGUUGCCCAGGCUUUGCUACAAGUCUCUUCUCCCCGACUUGGGCUGGGGAAAAGCGGCCCCGGGGGCACCCUGUGCUCCUCAGCAGGGAUGGCCUGAUCGAUGUGCUUUCCUGGCAUUAGUCAUCACUGACAGCAGGGACGAUGGCACUGGGGAUCCUGCUCUGGUCCAGUGGGGGCAGUGUGCAGUGAUCCCUUAAAAUGGAGCCUACAGUCCCCCUAAUCUCAGGGAGGGCUUGUGAGCCACUGAGAACCUGGGAUCUCAGGGGUGGGGCGGGGUGUUGUCUACUGCUGGCAGAGGCCCCUGGUGACCAGCAAAGCUGUGGGUGGGGGCAGAUGCUGGGGGCAGUGGCUGCUCUGAGGCUGUGUGUGAGAGGGUACUGGGGAGGAGGAGGAGGAGAGAUGGCUACUGGCUCUGUGACAGGGAGUCACGCUUCAGGAACCUGCAAGAGAGGGGAAGAGAAAAGCGACACAAAAGCGUCCUACAAAGGAACAGACCCGACCACAGCUGGAAGGAAGGCAAACCUUUGAAUCAGGUCCUUGAAAUACAAGCUGCAGGAAGCUAGAACAUUUUGGUGGACUUCAAACUCUCUGCCUUCAACAACAAUUUUCAGGUCUGUAAACGCUUUCGCUCUGCGUUGCUGGUUCAAUUCCUUCAACAUUUCUGCAGAACAGAGAAGACAGACAGGGCCAGGUUCCCAUUAAGAGUUUUUUUUUUUUUUAAAUUAAAAAAAGUAUUUUUUUUUUCUUUCAAGAAGUAGAGAAAUAGGAAAUACUUGAUAUUGUUUCUUGGCAAGACUGGCUCAACACUGACAGUCAAAAGAAGUCACAAACAUAAUGCAUAAACAAGCAGCCACUGGGAGGGGCUAAUAACCAAAGGCAUCACAACUUCAAAAAGCAAAAAAACCAAAUAUGAUACAAAAAAUCAAACCCAGAAAUUGAAAGGUUGGGGGAGAGAUUCCCAUACUGACGAUUGGAAACAUAGAGAAUACAUUAUCACAGACAACUAAAAACUGUUAAAUAACCACGGAGCAAGUUCUCCAAAUGCCAAUGGGUGCCGAUGUAUUGGAGACCAAGUCAAGCAUGGCAUUGUGAUGUAAGAUGGGCUGGAUAUGGUUCAAAGGAAUCACAACCACAAAACCUGCAAAAACAGCGUCCCUUAUGUUAGACACUCACAGCCAUGGCAUGGCAGCGGACCCCGAGAAAGGAGGGGGCCAUGGGAGAACUGGCAAACACCUCCUUCUGUUUCACAUUUGUGGGGACUUUUCGGGAAAGCAAGCAAGCAAGGGACAGGGACCCUCUGCGCCUCCUCCCAUGUCCCAGGCGAGUCUCUCAGGACGCCCACCCUCUCCUGGGGCUUUGACAUUGGGCAGAGCCUGCUUUACAGCCCAGCAGGUCCCAGGAAGUGGCCUUGGAGGCUCCCACUCUGCUGCGCACCUACCUGUGCCCAGUGUCUUGGACCUGGGGCUGGCACAGACAGUGCCCGGGCCCAUGGGCUCCAGACCUGGGGAUGUCAGAAGCUUCUCCCAGACCCACCCCAAGGCUUAGAAAGGAGAAGGAGGGAAGAGCCUGCCAGCCACCCUGUUGGGGUUGCACACUCUCUUUCACUGGCCAAAGUUAGGGCCUUCAUGUGACCACUGCUUCCCACAGCCUUGCCUCAUCUGUCUGCCUCCAGGACUGCCCUUAAUGUUGCUGGUAGCUGUGCCUAAGGCCCCUGAUCUUUGGGCCAGAAUGACCUGUCUUCAGGCCAGGCGAUUUCCCUUAGCAGAUGUAUGGGAGAGGGUGGCCUGCAGAGCUGAGCCCUGCUCUUCAGCACCCCCUGCCAUCGCCCAUGCUCCAGCCUCAUUGGCUAUCGCUGUCCACAUGGGCCAGGGCUGGCUGCCCGCCAGGACUUCUUCUUGGCCCCAGUCCUGCUUCUGACACUUGGCCAAGCCCCUUUGUCUCUCUUAGCCUCUACUUCUGUAUCUAUAAAAUGGGGAUUGAGGAUCCUGCUUCUGCUCCCUGACUGCCAGGCAGGCCCUUUUGGUGAGGACACACUGGGCUCUGCUGAAGACCAAGGAAGACAGUGGGAGGGGCUCCUGGAGAACAUGCCACAUGCAUGUUCAGGGAGUGGGGUCUGGGGCCCUGCCUUCUGGGAGCCAUGGGCAAGGCCGAAUCACUGACCCUGCCAACCCCAAGUCACACUGAGUCUGGAGUCGUAGCAGAGCAUCUCCAGGGGUGCGGAAGGGGGCUCUGGCUGGGACUUCAGGAAGGAUCUACAUGGGGUGAGCUCAGACCCGGAGCAAAGAGGGUGGGAGCUAAGACAGAGACCAACAGGCUCAGAUCACCAGCGGGAGGGUGCGGGAGGGCGCAGAAGCACGAGGGGGCAGGUGCUGGUGGCCAAAAGGGCCACAGGCAACAGGGAACACAAUGAGGCGCUGGGUGGGGCCAGAUCGCAGCAGUCUUGCCUGGGAGCUCCAGCUUCAUCCAGGGCACCAGGGAGCCACAGGGGAUUCUGGAUAGGAAGUGGUGAGGUUAGACUUGGGUUUCAGACAAAUCCACACAGAGGCAGGAUGGGGAGUGGCUUAGGAAGCCAAUGGGAGGCAAGAAAGUGACGUGCGGAGAGUUGAGCCUCGAAGCCAGACCUGAGGGUGAACCUGCACUGGGCCUCCUAUCAGCUGUGUGACCUUGGGAAAGGGGACCUACAUUCUCAGAGCCUCGGGGUCCACCCUUGUUGAAGGUUCCGUAAGACAGCAUGUGGCGGGCACACAGGGAGUUCAGCGUGGGGGCGAGUGCAGUGCUGGUGACGGUGACGGUCUUUCCAAGGGAGAGGUGAGAAGGCCGGAAUUACACAGCAGCAGCACGACAGAGAAACAGGAGUGUGUGGACCCCGUGGGGCUCAGUGCAGGAAGGAAGUGGGGAGGGGGAGGCGUGGAGACCAUUGACAGGAUUUUGGAGGGGAUGGUGGUGGGACAUCAGGAAGGGAGGGAACUAGAAGAUCAGUUGUGGGGUGGGGCCUGUGGGACACCCGGGGUUUGGGGUAGGAGGCAGUGGAUAGAGGCCUGGGCUGGAGAGAGCCUGGCGGUGCCUCAGACAGCCGGGGCACAGGGGAGACAGCACAGGGCCAGUUGUAGGGCCAGGCUGGAUAAGGCUCAGCUGCCGCACUCACACGCGUCUCCAGAAAGUCACCAGCUGAAUUAAUGCCCAAACCACGAGCCAGGUAGAUGACAUCACCUUUUUGAGUGAAGCGAGGUAGAUGAUGUCACCUUUUUGAGUGAAGUGGUAGGGGAUGGGAGAGAAUUCUGGGCUGGGAUUCUGAAGACCUGGAUCCUGGUUCUUGUUCCAGCAUUGCCACUAAUAGGUGUGUGACCCUGGGCCAGCCACCCCAGCUUUCUGGGCCUCCAUUUCCUCUAGCACAGGAGGGCAGAGAUAACUGCUCGGUAACCCCCUGGGUGUCACACUGCAGAGAGUGACAGAUGUGGCCCCACAUGCCUGCUGAGUUAAUCAGUGCUUAGGGGCCUGGAAAACACAGCAGCACACACAUGCCUACUCCUUCUGGGCCCGAGGCAUCCCGAGGGUUUCUGAAGACCUUCCCUUCAAAUCGAGGUCCCGGCAGUGAUUCUAUCAGCAGCCCCAGCCCCGGCCGUGACACCUGCUGCUCCAGGAAUUCUGCAGCCAGACCUGGAAGGCGCUUGGAGGUUCAGGUGUCCCCCUCCUAAUGUAGGUGCUUUCUGUUCUCUCUGAAUCUCACUUGGUGGAAAUCUGGAUUUAAUAGUUGGGGAAGAUUAUUUAUUCACUUUCAGAAGAAUUUGUCAAUUUAUGAAAGUGCUCACCAGGGGACUCCUUUUCCCAGCAGGCCCCAAGUGCAUUCCAGGUAUCGAUCGGCUGGUGUGUGCGGGCUGCUGCCCAUCGCCUGCCCAGCUGGCAAAGCAGGCUCUCAGGCUGUGCCUGUUGGGGGGCGGCAGACCCAGAAUCCACAAGGGGGCACCAGGACCCGCCGGGCACAGGCUGCCCUCCUCCCUGCCCCAUGUUUUGGCAAAGGACACUCCCUGAUUUCUGAGGAGCUUCCCAGUGAGGUGUGUGGGGCGCUGUGAGGAGGCCUCCAGCAACCAGGCCUGUUCCCAGGUGUGGGGAGGUCUGCAGGCCUCAGGGCUGGGCCUUCAGAGCGGACUUCCAGAAGCACCUGGCACCCUGCACUAUUCUGCUGCUCCAGGUUUCCGCGGGAGAAGAUGGCCCAGAGACGCUAUGGCCUUCCCUGGAUGGAGGCUCGCUGGGGUCUGGCGAGCGGAGUGCUGGCAGCUGAGCCUACCAGGUGGGGUGAAGACUUGGCCUCAGCAUCCGUCCCUGUUGGCCAGCCCCAGGGGUUGUUUUUGGGUCUCCUCGGCUUCGAGUGGGCCGCCCACCUGCGCCUGUGGGACUGCACACCCUGGCGCUGCUCACUGAAGUGGCUGCCCCCAGGCUCAGAUUUUUGUCCCAGGCCUCUUUGCCCCUUUUCCCACUUCCUCCCGCACGCCCAGGAUGCCCGACUCAGCAUGGAGCUUCUCUUCCCACAGAAGACAGUCCACUGCCUGCAUGCUGCAGGCCUUCCCCGGACUCCUCCCACCCCUCAUCACACCAAGUCCCAUCUUUUCACCUCCUAGAAUUCUCAGGAUCCAGCCGCUCCUGCCCCAGGCCCUUCAGCACCCUGAGUGAGCUGCCCUCAUCUUUCACCUGAGUCACUGCAACAGCCUCUGAGGACGUCUCCCUGUUUCCAGCCUGUCCCCCUCCAGGCCACCUCCACACUGCAGCUCCUCACAGCCUCCGGCCGCACAAAUCCUUCGGGUCUGAGCAGGGGCAGCACGGCCCUCUGGGGGUCUCCCCGUUCCCUCAGCUCCUCCUCCACUCCCAGGGGGCCCUUUGCUCCCCAGCAAAGCUUCCAUGCACCCCACACAUGUCCCCACUCCUCUCUGCCUGGAUCUUCCAUCCCCUUCCUCCAUCCGGCCAAACAGUAUUUAUCCUUCACCACCAGGGAAAGUGUUAUUUUGUCCUGGGCCUUUUUGCCUCCUUCCCCUCUUCCUCCCAUACCCCUGCCCUCCACCCCCUUUCGCAGGCUGGCAGAGCAACCUGUGCUCACUUCUUUAUAGAUACUAGGAGUUGUAAUUAUUUAUUUACAUGUCUGCCUCCUGCACUAGACUGUGUUUUAUUUAUAUUUUUAUCUUCAACACUCAGCACAGGGCCUGGCAUAUAUAUAGCUGGUGGUAGCAAAAAUUCUUUGUAGCUUCCCCCGUCAAGAGGUGGAGAUGAUUUCCCCACCCUUUGAAUCUUGGCUGGCUUUGUGAUUUGCUUUGGACCACAGAAAGUGGUGGAAGUUGACCCUGUGUAAAUGUUAGCCAUGGCCUCAAGAAGCUUUGCUCACUUUCACUCACUCUCCAGGGCCCCCUGGCACCACCACCAUAGGAGCGAGCCUGGGCUAACCUGUUGGAGCAUGAGAGACCACGUGGAGCAGAAACGAGCGGUCCCAGAUGAGACAUUUAGACCAGCCAGUCUCUGCCAGUAUCAGCCAGGCUGACCUAGAUCGGCUGAGUGUAUCCCAAACUGCCAGGCCAGGAUCACAGUCUAAAUAAGUGGCUGUUGUUGAAACACUCAAUUUUAAGUCACUCAAUUUAGAAUUGUUUGUUAAACAGCAAGAGCUAACUGAUACACAAAGCAUGAAUAGAUGAUGGACUCCAGUGCUCAGGGAACUUUCCCUGUGUUGGUUUCACCUUUGCUAGUACAGUUUGAGGCUAAUUCUUUUUUUUUUUUUUUAAGUUUUGGUAAAAUGUACCCAUUUUAAAGUGUCCAGCUCAGUAGUGUUAAGUAUAUUCACACUGUUGGGCAAACCACUGGAAUCCUUUUCAUCUUCACGAACAGAAACUCCACACCCAUUAAACAACCACUCCCCACCUCCCCUCCACCCAGCCCUGGCAACCAUCAUUCUACUUCCUGUCUCUAUGAGUUUGACUAUUUUACACCCUCUUAUAAGUGAAAUUAUGCAAUAUUUGUCCUUCUGUGAGUGGCUUUAUUUCACCUAGCAUAAUGUCCUUAAGGUUCACCCACAUGGUAGCAUGCAUCAGGAUUUCCCUCCUUUUUAAGGCUGGCUAAUAUUCCACUGUAUGUAGAUACCACAUACUGUUUAACAUUCAUCCUUUGAUGGACACUUGGGUUGCUGCCAACAUUUUGCUGUUGUAAACAAUGCUGCUAUGGGCACUUAUUUAGACUGUGAUUCUGGUUUGGCAGUUUGGGCUACAUUCAGCAGAUCUAGGUCAGGCCUGGCUGAUGUUGGCAGAGACUGGCUGGUCUAAAUGUCUCAUCUGGGACAGCUCAUUUCUCCUCCACGCAGUCUCUCAUGCUCCAACAGGCUAGCCCAGGCUCGUUUCUAUGGUGGUGGUGCCAGGGGUCCCUGGAGAGUGAGUGAAAGUGAGCAAAGCUUCUUGAGGCCAUGGCUCACGUUCAGUUCUCACCCCCGAGUUACGGACCAGAUAUCCCCUCUCGCGACCCGUCUCGAACCCCGUUCAUUCUAAGUGGUUAGUAUGAAAUGGCUCUGUGGAUGCAGCAGCAAUGGGCAUGAGGGAAUGGGGACUUGAGGAGGCUCUGCCUGGGGCUGGAUGCUUUGCCUAGAGGAGAGUGAAGCCACAAACAGAACCAAGGCUGGAGAUGAAGUUGCAGCCAAACUUCUGCAUAUUUUUCACCAAACGACAUAAGUUAUUUGUCAGAGACUAAUGGGCUCGUUCCGGCUGGACUACAAGAGCUGUGUGAGAUGGUAAUAAAGAGGAAGAGAUGUCAAUAUUAAAAGGCAAAGAACUUCAGUGGCUUUGCCACAGAGAAGUCCAUUAAAUCAGAGCCUUGAGAAAG